AUGCAACCGCAGCCCGGGCUCCUGAACGCCCAUGCUGUUGGUAACGCACCUCGGACGGUCAACGUUGCUGCAGGCAAGAGACAUUUGUACGCAAAAGCUUCCCCUGGUGCCUUACCUACGACAGCUAAUGCCAUGCCUACGAUAGCCAAUGCCAGGCCUACGAUAGCCAAUGCCAGGCCUACGAUAGCCAAUGCCAGGCCUACGAUAGCCAAUGCCAGGCCUACGAUAGCCAAUGCCAUGCCUACGAUAGCCAACGCCAUACCUACGAUGGCCAAUGCAAUUGAUAGUGAUGUAGUUCUGAACGCUAAAUCUACCGUAACUGAAAUUCUAAACCCUAAUCCUGCCGUUAGUGAGGUACUUGUGAACUCUAAUACUGUCGUCAGUAACGAUGCUGCUAACAUGGUCGAAGUGACACUUUUCCCGAACACGUCAAUUCCUCCUGCACCAACGGUCAGUGGGCAAGUGGUGGCCGAAAAGGAAUCGAAGGAAAGUGAACCUAUUGAGUCAUUAUCGGAUGAGUGCCCGUGCACCCCAGCGAAUAUUUGGCUCGAUGUUUUCUUCAUCAUCGACUCUUCUUCGGCAAUGACAAGUAGCGGGUUUGAUUGCGCUAUGGCUUUCGUGGAGUCUGCCCUGUUCAGAAUGACUGUGGGACAAGCGAUGGGCCAACAAACACGUGUUGGGUUCAUAACUUAUGGAGCAGACGCCGAGAUGCAUUUCAAUCUGAGCUACUGGAAAUCUACGAACGAACUCCUGAACAAAUUGGAUCUAACCUACCACGGCUCAACAGGAACAAAUAUCGAGGCGGCUAUUCGACUCGCAACUGCCAACUUCAACAGUGUCAAUCAUCGGCCGAACGCUAGAAAAGUGAUCGUCAUCAUCGCAUCAGCUUUCGAGUAA